AACCAAAACCCAAAUCCUAAAAACGGUUUUAUCACAAAAAAUGGGCAUCACCGCUCUUCUCUUUGUUAUAACGCUUAUGCUCGCUCACGCUUACUCAUCCCAAACACAACUUUUCAAGCCCUACAAAGAAGAAAACGUCCAGUCUCUUGUCGCGAAAGCGUGCCAGUUCAUCGAUGCUCACGACUCGUGCGUCUCCAACAUCCGGACGCACAUCCAAGAAUCGGGUCACGGGUUAACCCCGCACUCGGUUCUAAGCGCUGCGGUCAAGGAAGCACACGACAAAGCCAAGCUUGCGAUGCAAGGAAUCCCAACGGUCACGACGUUAUCCUUCCGUUCACGUGAACAAAUCGCUAUCGAGGAUUGCAAAGAGCUCGUAGGCUUCUCGGUGUCGGAGCUAGCAUGGUCGAUGCUCGAGAUGAACAAACUCCACGGAGGAGGAGGAAUCGACGGUGACUCUCACGACGCUGCCGCGGGAGGCAACCUCAAGACAUGGCUAAGUGCGGCUAUGAGUAACCAAGACACGUGUCUCGAAGGGUUUGAAGGAACGGAGAGAAAGUACGAGGAGAUGAUCAAAGGUAGCUUAAGACAAGUCACUCAGCUGGUGAGCAAUGUCCUAGACAUGUACACGCAGCUUAACGCCUUGCCUUUCAAGCCAUCUAGGAACGAGAGCUCCGUAUUGAGCCCUGAGUGGCUCUCGGAGACCGACGAGAGCCUCAUGACGCGGCUCAGCCCCAGCGCGAUGCAUCCAGACGCGGUCGUGUCCGUGGAUGGGAAAGGGAAGUAUCGGACGAUUAAUGAAGCCAUCAACGAGGCUCCCAAUCAUAGCACAAAGAGAUAUGUUAUAUACGUGAAGAAAGGUUUGUACAGAGAGAAUAUUGAUAUGAAGAAGAAGAAGACAAACAUUAUGCUUGUUGGUGACGGUAUUGGACAGACGAUCAUUACCGGUGACAGAAAUUUCUUGCAGGGUCUUACUACUUUCAGAACUGCAACCGUUGCUGUUUCCGGAAGAGGAUUCAUAGCAAGGGACAUAACUUUCAGAAACACGGCCGGGCCCCAUAACCGACAAGCUGUUGCACUAAGGGUCGAUUCCGACCAAUCAGCCUUCUUCCGAUGUAGCAUGGAAGGUUACCAAGACACUCUCUACGCCCAUUCCCUCCGUCAGUUCUACAGAGAAUGUGAAAUCUAUGGUACUAUCGAUUUCAUAUUUGGAAACGGCGCAGCGGUAUUGCAGAACUGUAAAAUCUAUACAAGGGUUCCACUACCGCUCCAGAAGGUAACGAUAACCGCACAAGGGAGAAAAAGCCCUAAUCAGAACACAGGGUUUGUGAUCAUGAACAGUUACGUGUUAGCCACACAACCUACUUAUCUUGGCCGGCCGUGGAAACUUUACUCAAGAACGGUUUACAUGAACACUUACAUGAGCCAGCUGGUCCAGCCUAGAGGCUGGCUUGAGUGGUUUGGUAACUUUGCUUUGGACACUUUGUGGUAUGGUGAAUAUAAUAAUAUUGGGCCGGGUUGGCGGGCAUCUGGUCGGGUUAAAUGGCCCGGUUAUCAUAUCAUGGACAAACGGACUGCAAUGUCUUUCACUGUUGGAUCGUUCAUUGACGGUCGGAGAUGGCUUCCGGCAACUGGUGUCACAUUCACCGCUGGGCUAGCUAAUUAAUUCAAAUAAAACUUUAGUAUAAUUUUAUGACUAUGCUACUAUUUUUCAUUUGCUGUUUAUCAUCCACUGAAGAAAAUUUAGCAUUUCAUAUCACGAAUGUAUAGUCUCUGCUAUGUUUUUUUUUAUAUAUUCUAUGUCAGAUUAUAUAAUUAUGUAAAGCACCCUUUAUCUUUAUCUUAUUUGAAUAUUUUUA